AUGGUCUUCGAGGACGAAAGCAGUGACUCUCAGUCCAGCCUUGUGUACAUCGACUCCUCCUCCUCUGAUGGAAUUGCAUCUGAAGAGAAAAACAACCUGGAGGCCAACUAUGACAAAUUGGUUGAAGAUGCGCAUCAACUUUUCAAUGCUCAAGAGGAUAGGAUGAUGGAUUUCAGCUACUUGCGGUCCAAGAUGAAGACUGAGGUUAGCAGCUCAGUUGUCUCUGAUAUGAGGACAGAGAUUGAGAAGAAAGAUGCAGAGAUCUUCAAGCUGCAAGAGAAGAAUGAAGUGCUUAUGAACAUCACAAAGGCUCAAGGCACUGUCAUCCAGAACCUGAAGCUCAACCAUUUGAAAGAGAAGGAAACGCUAAUCCAGGAGCAUCACAAUGAUGCCAUGAAGAUGUUGCAGCUUAGGGUUGAUGAACUCACUAAGUCUAAUGAGAAGCUAAUCCAAGAGAAUCACCAGAUUGAGCUUCACAUGGGUGAUCUCAAUAAGGGUCAUCAGAAGCUCUUUGCAGGCAGAGAUCAGCUCAAACUUCAGAUUGCUGAUUUGCUCAAGGCAGAGGAGAAGAAUAAGCAGAAGCUGAAGGGGAUCCAAGCCAUCUUGGCUGACUCAACAAUAUGA